CAGUUGUUCAGUUCUGAGCAGUUAAAGGCACAAAACAGCUGGAGGACACCAUUGUUUGGAUUUCAUCUCGUUGCCCGUAGUGAUGUGUCGGGCCUGAGGAGUUUGUUUGCAGUAUAAAUUUCGGCAAAAACAGAUGUCGAUGAACGAAAUCGGUACUUCCAAUCCAGCUCUGCACUACGAUGAUACGGCCGCAGCUUCCAAUUCAACCCUCCGUCCAGAGCACCCCCGUGGCCCCAAUGUGGCUUGCGGGGAAGGAGGAGAAGAGGGAGGUGGCGGUGUGGGACACCCGGACGCUAGCCUGGCUUGCUACUCGAUCCGGAGCGAACCGGAGGAGUACGACGAAAAUCUGGACGCACCCGACUCAGUAACGUACCUUUCGAUCGGUGGGAACAAUCCGGUCCUGGUGAUACGCGAGGGUGACGCGGACAGUGUGUCGCCAGCGUCCGAGAUCCCGUACAGCUACGUCUACAACACACCGGUCAAGUUCGACUCGAUGCGUCGGCACAUAUUCAUUCCGGGGCUGGAGAUAAACGUCGAGAUUAUCGACUACGAGCGCAGUCUGACGUCGCACGUGCUCAAUCCUAACCUGUAUACGGUUAAGUUGACGCAUGGUCCCUUCUCGUGGACGAUUCAGAAGCGCUACAACCAUUUCCGCAACCUACACCAGCAGCUAACAACGUACCGUACAUCAUUGCACAUUCCAUUUCCGACGAAAAGCCACAAAGAGCGACGGGACAGCUUCCGAAACAUGCACACCGUGCAUCAAACGACGGCAUCGGUAAGUACACUAGGAUUUUUCUAUGACUGUUACUGUCAUUACUGGAAUACCUUUUUUUUACAAUCGGCCCAGCCCGCCAUGCAACAGAAGCUUGGUAAGCCUUUGAAAAAGAUGAAGAAGAGCGCCCUGCCCCGGUUUCCUCUAAAGCCGGACUCGCUCGUCCCGUUCGACGCCAUUCCGCAACGGAUCAAACAGCUCGAGGAGUAUCUGUACAACCUGCUCAACAUAUCGCUCUAUCGCAACUUCCAUGGCACGAUCAACUUCCUUGAGGUAUCCCACAUUUCGUUCAUUGCCGCGCUUGGCGAAAAGGGCAAGGAGGGCUUAAUCAAGAAGCGUACCGGCUCGACACGCUCCGGCCAGUCCGGGUGUAACUUUUGCGGGUGUUUAGCCGGAGGCUGCUGCAUCCGGUGCAGCUACUUUUGCACCGACGUCCUGUGGAGCAAGUGGCGCAAUCGGUGGUUCUUUGUGAAGGAGACCUGCUUCGGGUACUACCGGCCGAAGGAUGGCGUGCUGCGGUGUGUGGUGCUGUUCGAUCAGGGUUUUGACGUCUCGUCCGGCAUGUACAGCACCGGCAUGCGGAACGGGCUACAGAUUGCGACCAACUCGCGCUACCUGGUGAUAAAGUAUCCGACCCGCCGAACGGCCAAGGAGUGGAUGACGCACCUGAAGCGGGUAGCGAACGAGAGCGCCCGUGACUUCACCCUACCGAACCCGCACCAAUCGUUCGCACCGUCACGGCCCGGCGUCCAGGCCGGUUGGUUUGUGGACGGCGCGGGGUACAUGAGCGCGGUGGCCGACGCACUGGAGGGUGCGACCGAGGAAAUUUUCAUCACCGACUGGAUGCUUAGCCCGGAGAUCUACAUGAAGCGGCCGGCGAUCGAUGGCGACUACUGGCGGUUGGACAAGAUCCUGAAGCGGAAGGCGGAGCAGGGUAUCAAAAUUUUCGUGCUUCUUUUCAAGGAGCUCGACUUUGCGCUCGGCAUCAACAGCUACUACAGCAAGCAGCGGCUGGUGGAACAGCACGAGAAUAUCAAGGUUCUACGCCAUCCGGAUCACGCCAAGGCGGGCAUUCUGUUCUGGGCGCACCACGAAAAGUUGGUGAUUGUCGACCAGACGUACGCAUUCGUUGGCGGCAUUGACCUGUGCUACGGCCGAUGGGACGACUACCAGCAUCGGCUGACCGAUCUGGGCAGCAUCUCGUCGUCGACAAGCAGUUCGGCGAACAACACCACUACCCGGAAGCCAUCGACCGUGGUAGAGCUGGACGAGAACGGUUCGGUGGCGAAUCUACUCAAGUCGAGCAAAAACAUUGCCAUAGCAACCGCAAUGGAUCGGCAGGCGGCGACACACCGGUACGACGAGUCGGCAGCCGAUGGUAGCGCCUUGAGCGGUAUGAAACGGUUGAAGCAAAAGUUCACGCAACGGGAUCCGGAUGGACCGGCCGGUGCUGGUGAUCCACCGGACAAGCUGCUGAUAGCGGCGGCCCAGGCGCUCGGCGCUGGUGCUGCGUUGGACCAGCAGCCGCAAGAGGAGCGAGAAAGUCUACCGGAAAACAUCAAACAAAACACACCCGAGAUGGAGCGCCGUAACAUUAUGGGCAAGAUCAAGGAUAUGGGACGAGAUUUGAAAAAUCGUAUGACACUUUCGGACGCACAGGAUCCACCGUACGGAAGCGAUGCACUCACGGCCAAUGCCGGAGGUGGUACGGGACCGAAGAGUACCCUGAGCAGUCCGGGAUACCUUUCCGAGGAGGAACGGCGUAAACAGCAGGCCUAUGGCGGGGAGAAGCACCACACGCUCGGCGCCAGCAACGAUGGCAUUCUCAGCCCUCAGCCAUUCAAAAAUGCCGUCGUAUUCGAGCUGGAUGGGCAGGCAAAGCUGUGGAUUGGAAAGGAUUACAUUAAUUUCAUCAUCAAAGACUUCACCAACCUGGACAUGCCGUAUGUGGAUUUAGUGGACCGCACAACGACGGUCCGUAUGCCCUGGCACGAUGUGGCCACCGUCGUCCUUGGCCAGGCGGCCCGGGACGCUGCACGUCACUUUAUCGAACGGUGGAACGCAGUCAAGCUGGAAAAGUGCCGAGAAAACGCCAACUAUCCGUACCUGCUGCCAAAGAGCUACAAUGACAUCCGCAUAGACAGUAAGUUCCUGAACGUUCCGCUGCACCAUGUCACCUGUCAGGUGCUUCGCAGUGCCUCAAGCUGGAACUGCGGCUUUAUAGAGCCGGACUACGUCGAGCAGAGCAUACACGAGGCGUACGUGCAGACGAUUUCGAAGGCUCAGCAUUAUGUGUACAUCGAGAACCAGUUCUUCAUCAGUCUCGAGCUGGGAAACAGUGUGGUGAAAAAUCAAAUAUCGGAGUACCUGUUCAAGCGUAUUGUCCGUGCGUAUCGAGAGAAAAAAGUGUUCCGGGUGUACGUCGUCAUGCCGCUGUUGCCCGGCUUCGAGGGCGAUGUAGGCGGUGCCACUGGAAUCUCGCUGCGAGCCAUCACCCACUGGAAUUAUGCAUCCAUUUCGAGAGGGAAAACAUCGCUUUUAUCGAGGUUGCGGGCAGCCGGCAUUGCGAACCCGUUCGAGUACAUAUCAUUCCAUAGUCUGCGGACUAACUCCACCCUGAACGGGAUGCCUGUGACGGAACUGAUCUACGUUCACUCAAAGCUGCUUAUUGCCGAUGAUAAGGUCGUGAUUUGCGGUUCGGCCAACAUCAACGAUCGCUCAUUGCUGGGCAAACGGGACUCGGAAGUUUGUGUGAUGAUCACGGACGAAUCGUUUGAAGAAGGCCGUAUGAAUGGCGAAUCGUAUCCGUGUGGCAUAUUUGCUGGCAAACUGCGAAAGUUUCUUUUCCGCGAGCAUCUCGGGCUGCUGGAACCAGACCCGAAGCGAGCCUCGAUUGACAUUACGGAUCCGGUGAUCCACUCCUUCUGGAACGGUGUCUGGAGGCAAACGUCCCGGCGCAAUACGCUCAUCUACGACCAAGUGUUUCGGUGCAUCCCCUCCGACAAUGUGCAAUCGUUUGCGAUGAUGAAGAAAUUCCUGGAGGAUAAACAUUUGCUGCAGUCUAAUCCCGAGGGCAUUCAGCAGGCCAUUUCACGCAUCGAGGGCAAUGUGGUAGACCUGCCACUGAAGUUCCUCUGCGAUGAAGUACUUACCCCGCCCGGCACGAGCAAAGAGGGCAUCAUGCCUACGUACAUGUGGACCUAAUGUGCAAUUGUAAAAAUCCUAUGUUUGUUGUUUUUGUUUGUAUUUGUGUUUAUUUUAACUAUUCGACUGUUUUAAAUACCUGUUUUACACAACUGUUAUUUGAAUACCAUGUUUUGUAACACAACAAUUAAUAAUUUAUUAUGAACAAAGUGUACAAUUUAGCCUGUAUUUAUCAGUCACAAUUUGUAAAACAAGUCGAUCAAAAUGUUGCUUAAUUAGACCCGGGCUACCUGGGUAACGUUAGCUUCUCGAGAAACGAUGUGUUAGAAAAUAGAUUUACAAGAUGGUGUAUUUCGUCGUGUUCUACAUGGCGUAGGUCUUCCGCUUGACUUUACAAAAAAUAAAGCAAAUUAUAUUUACA